GAAGAAGAAUAAGAAGAAGAAGAAGAAGAAGAAGAGUCAAGAGUUGACUACGGAUCGGGUUCUGCAACAGAUUGGGUAACCACAAAGAACCACAAGAGCAAACAGAAGAUGAAUAAUGUUCUCUGUGAGAGAAGUAAAGGGACUUCUACACAAACAUGAACAGGUUAAAUGAAUAAAAGUUUAAAAGUCAACGAGCUCAGUCCAGACCCGGUCCAGUAUGCUCGGGGAGUCGUAUUCGUUCGUGGAGGACAGUUUCAGCCGGUUCCCGUCUCAGAGCAACAUUUACGGGCUGUGUGAGGCCGGGGAGCAGCAGCUGCUGGCGGCCACUCUCAAAGGGAAGGUGGUGUGUUUCAAGUACCAGGAGCUGCAGCACAAAGUCCGGCCGGUGGCCAAGGAGGUUCAGUUCACUUAUAUACCAGUGGACGCAGAAAUCGUAUCAAUUGAUGCCUUCAACAAGUCUUCGCCUAAAAGAGGCCUGGUGGUGGGCAUCACCUUCAUAAAGGACUCUGGAGACAAAGCUACACCUUUCUUGAAUAUCUACUGUGACUAUGAGCCUGGGUCAGAGUUCAACCUGGAGUCCAUUGCACAAAGCUGCCUGAACCUAGAGCUGCAGUUCACUCCGUUUCAGCUCUACCACACAGAAGUGCAUUGUCCUGAGGGUGGAAGUGAUACAGUGUUCCUGCUCAGUGGCCACGAUCAGAGGAUCCAUCUGUAUAAAGAGAAUGAGUCUCUGCACCAGUUUGAAGAACAGCCAGUGGAAAAACUGUUUCCUGAACUCCAACAACUGCCCAGCAAUGCGUUAUGGAUGGACAUGUUGACUAUAGCUGGUGGACGACGCCUCUCAGCAUUUGGCUGUCAGAAUGGCUGCGUUGGACUGGCUUUGGUCAACCAGAAUGGACCAGAGGUUCUACAGAGCUGGCGGGUUCAGUUUGACAGUCCGAUCUCCACGGUGCUGCUGUUCCGACUGAGCUGCAAACCCACUGAGCCCAGUGGAGAAAGAAGUGAGGAUAUGGAGGGCUACAACCUCCUGAUCACCAGCACUGUUGAGAUGGCAGUUGUCUACAGAGAUAUCCAGAACCGUGGCUUGUCCUGGUCUACAUGUCUCUCAGACAGCGAUCAGUCAGAUGCUGUUUUGUGUGCACUGGUCAUCGACCUGGACUUCAAUGGACAAAAGAAGGUGUUGUUAGGAACGUAUGGACAGGAACUUCUUUGUUACAAGUUCCAGCCAUCAGGUUGUGAAAAAGAUGGAGAGUUUCAGCUGCAGUGGAGGCAAAGCUUCAAGAGUCCUUUGCUGUCCAUCAUCUACUUGGACCUGACUGGGGAUGGUUUGAGAGAGCUGGCUGUCCUCACACUGAAGGGACUGCACAUUUUACAGCACAGUCUUACGUGCACUGCUGAUCUGGUCCAGACUAGGCUCGCCCUGAGGGUGUGGGCGCUAACAUCCAGCCCUGAGGCUGCAGAGACCAGCGUUCCAGCUCAGAUCCAGCAGGACACCUCUCAGACACCUUCAUGUUAAUAAACAG